UUUCCAAGGUUUCUUGGGUUUCACUUUUCACCUCAAAAACUCUCUAUUGCGUUCUUCCCUUCUACAAUGGCUCUUUUCAACGAUAUGGAAUCACUUCCCAGCCAAUUCCCAGAGGAUUUAAAUGUUCUUGUGGUUGAUCAUGACACUGAUGUCCUUAAUGCUGCUGUGGAAAUGUCUAUUCCAUGUAAUUAUCAAGUUACCACAUGUUCUAAGGCUUCUUUUGCCUUUAAACUUUUGACGGAAACGAAGGGCUGCGUUGAUGUGGUACUAAUUGAAGCUCAAAUGCCAGACAUGGAUUCAUAUGAUUUUGUCCGACAUGUUACCCAACAAAUCAAUAUUUCUGUCAUCAUGAUGUGUGAUGAUGGAUCAACAAAUGCAGUGAUGAAAGCUGUUACAAACGGGGCUUGCGAAUUUUGGAUUAAGCCUUUCAUCGAGAAUCAAAUCAAGAACAUGUGGCAGUGUGUUGCAAGGAAAGUUUGGAAUGAAAAUAAACAUGAUCUUGGAAUCUUGAAGGUAAAAAGUCAAAGCAAAAGGGGAAGUGAUUAUAAUGCUGAUUUUCAACCCCUAACAAAGAAAUCGUAUAUCAUGAACUUGGCCUUGAUAAGGCAAAGCCAAAAGCAAUUCAUGAAGCGAUGAAUGUUCCUAGCCAUUUGCAGAGAGUGAUAAUUGAUUUGAAGAGUUCAACCCAAGAGAAUAGAAAGUCAAAAAGGGGGCGGAAAAAAUCAAAGUUUGAUCAAUGUCAUGUUCCUAACGAAACACAAUUGAACUCUGAAGUUGUUCCAUCAAUACAAGACCCGGAAGUUUUAAUGAUGACAUUUGACGAUUAUCAAGAUUUUGACGAUAUUGCCAACAUUCCUACAUGAUCCAAGAUGAUUCAUCAUCACUAUACGAAGCACAACCUCCAUCAGAAUAUGGUAUAUUUUAGUUUUUAUUUUUUAUGAUUGAAUCGAAUGGUUGUAGUUAGUUCUUUUUGAGAGGAAAUAUUCUUAUUUCUGGCAGUAAUUAAUCGCUCUUAUUUUUUUUACUA